AUGAGAAAAAUAUUCGGUUAUAGAAGAGACGCUCGUAACCUCAACGUGAGUCCAAAUGGACCAUUCAAACGGCGAAUCGUUAUAUCCACCGAAAAUGACAUAUAUGAGGAUUCAGCAAAACGAUUAAAAAUUGAUGCCAGUAAUGAUGAUGUUCGGCGCACUGUGCAAUCUUCUAUUGUAAUGCCGACUAUUGAAACGAAAUCAAGGGAGGCAGCUAUAAGCGAAUUAAAGAGCAGCGAAAAGAGAGAAACCAAUAUAAGGAAUAAACGAUUGUUUUCAAAUCUUUUACAAGGAACAUUACAGCGUUUUCAGAGAGAGGAAAAAAAAAUUUCAUCUGUAGAAAAAGUUCAGGCCGAGAAACAGCGCGAAGUUGAGCGUCGUCUAAAAGAAGAAGAAAUGGAAGAGAAAGAGCGAAUAGCCAAGGAACGAUCGGCGCUAAUGGAACAAAGGCGAGAAAAAGAACGUCUGAUUAAAGCGCUCCAGAGGAAAAAAGCCAUUAUACAAUAUGCCGAACAGAAACAAGAUCACUACCGCAAAUUACAGAAAUUUAUUCAAACACAGGCUAAACCUCCAAUAUUUUAUUUACCCUCUAAACAUACCUUACGUACUUUAGAAUUAUUAAAGACGUCUACGAAAAAGAUCGACGCUCUUAUCGAACAUCGUCGGCAACAAAUGAGUGCUGAUCUGAAUACGGGACCUAAUGGUAAAACACAAACGGCUGAACCUGAAUCUGAUGGUGAAUCUAAAGCGAAAUCUGUUAUGGGUACCGCCAUCAAAAGCAAUGCAGAUUCGAAGGUGCGAAAUCGCUCGGCAAAAGAAGCAGAGAAAAUAGAUGAUCAAGGGAAAACUCAAAGCAUCGAUCAAGAAGGUCCUCAUAACGAUUUAUACGAUUACUCGUCAAAAGGAGGAGAAAGAGAUUUCAUCGAUGAGGAACAAACUGGUGAGCGUUUUGAGAGUGGUAUUGAUGACGAUUUACAAAACGAUGUGUCUUACGAGAGUAGUGAUGGUGAGUGA